UGUUGAGCGUAGAUAAAGGUAACAUUCGUCGUGUUGCUUCCAUGCAUUCCCACCUCUGAAAGUAAUUGCUGUCGUCGCAUCAGGUCUUCGAAUCAUGUCGAAGGAAGAGCAUCGAAUCUUUCACAACGGUGAAACUAUGGAUGAAUACGAAUCGAGUUUAGUGUUCUUUGUUAAUGGAAAAAAGGUUGUUGAAGACAACAUUGAUCCAUCUUGGACGUUGCUCCAAUAUUUAAGAACUAAACUAAGAUUAUGCGGAACGAAAUUGGGAUGCGCCGAAGGAGGAUGUGGUGCUUGCACUGUUAUGGUAUCCAAAUACCAUCGAGCUGAAGACAAAGUGCGUCAUAUCCCGGUCAAUGCGUGCUUGGCUCCUGUCUGCUCGAUGCACGGUUUAGCUGUGACAACAGUGGAAGGUAUUGGUUCAGUUAAAACCAAAUUGCAUCCAGUUCAAGAACGCAUAGCCAAAUCGCACGGAUCUCAAUGCGGUUUCUGCACACCCGGAAUCGUCAUGUCGAUGUACACUUUACUCAGAAACAUGCCGAAACCGUCGAUGGAAGAUUUAGAAGUCACUUUUCAAGGGAAUCUGUGCAGAUGCACAGGCUACAGACCCAUCAUCGAAGCCUACAAAACCUUCACCGAAGAUUGGGAGAAGAUGCGCGCUUCAAAGCUAACAAACGGAAACGGUUGCGGCAUGGGAAAAGACUGCUGCAUGUUGAAAGAUCGCAAAGUUGAACUGUACAGUGAAAGCGAGUUUGUGCCGUACCACGAGUCUCAGGAACCCAUAUUCCCGCCGGAAUUGAAACUCAAAGAUCAAUGGGACAAGCAAAGUUUGCACUUCAAAUCGAAAGAGAUCAGUUGGUUCAGACCCACGAAUUUGAUGGAUCUGUUGAAGCUGAAAUCGAAAUUUCCAAAAGCUAAAAUCGUUGUUGGAAACACGGAGAUUGGGAUUGAAACCAAAUUCAAGCAUUUAACGUAUCCGGUUUUAAUCCAACCUUCUCAAAUAACCGAAUUGGAGGUGCUGGAUAUUACUGAUGAGGGUUUAAAAGUCGGAGCUGCUGUUACGUUGGAAGCUUUGAACGAGUGUUUGAAAGAACAAAUGAAAAUUUUACCAGAGUGGAAAACGAGGGUUUUUAAGGCUUUAGUUGAAACCCUUCAUUAUUUUGGUGGUAAGCAAACAAGGAGCGUCGCUUGCGUCGGUGGAAAUAUAAUUACGGCAAGCCCCAUUUCCGAUUUGAACCCUAUCUUUAUGGUUGCUAAAAUCGAAUUGGAACUGCAAAGUGUUGAUGGUUCUAGAAGAGUUUUAAUGGAUCAAAAUUUCUUUACCGGUUACCGAAAAACCAUUCUCAAUGAAGAUGAAAUUUUGAUCGGGAUUCUUUUACCGUUUAGCGAAGAAUAUCAAUACAUUCACGCUCAUAAACAAUCUAGGAGGAGGGACGAUGAUAUUGCUAUUGUUAAUGCGGCGAUUAACGUUAAAUUCGAUGAAGACUCGAAGAAGUUGAAGGAUAUUUCCAUGGCGUUCGGUGGUUUAGCUCCCACCACUAAACUGAUCACCAAUUUCAGUGAAGUUUUGGGUAUGGAAUGGCUGGAAGAUGUUUUGGAUAAGGUUUAUGAAGUUAUAAUGCGGGAAUUGGUAUUAGAUUCUGAAGCUCCUGGAGGAAUGAUCGCGUAUAGAAGAGCUUUACCUUUGAGUUUCUUUCUGAAAACUUUCAUAGCCUUAAAGAAAGAGUUGAAUAUGCACGAAGUCGAUUCCAGGGAUUUGAGCGCUUUUAAGAAGUUGUCGUUUCAAACGCCGAAGAGUUCACAGGUGUUCCAAUUGGUACCUGAGGAUCAAAAAGAUAUUGAUCUGGUCGGUAGACCUAUAAAUCAUGUCGCAGCUGAGAUGCAAGCAACAGGAGAGGCGAUUUAUUUCGAUGAUAUACCUAAAAUAGAGAAUGAGGCCUAUAUGGCUUACGUCUACAGCACUAAGGCUUUUGCUAAUAUCAUAAGUAUAGAUGCAUCUGAAGCGUUGGCCAUGGAUGGUGUUGUCGGGUUUAUAAGCGCUAAAGAUAUUAAGAUUGGUUGCAACAAAUUUGGUCCAGUCGUUCAAGAUGAGGAAGUUUUCAUCACGAAACAAGUGACUUGCCAGUAUCAGAUGUUGGGAGCUAUUGUUGCCAAUGACCAGCAGAUCGCGCAGAAAGCCGCAAGAAAAGUUGCGGUGGAUUAUGAAGAGCUCCAUCCUGUGAUAGUAAGCAUCGAGGAUGCUAUUAAACACAACUCAUUUUACGAUAAAGAAAGGAAGAUUGAAUGUGGCGAUGUUGAUGGAGUCUUUGAAACAACCAGAAAUAUUAUUAAAAGCAAUUGCAGAACUGGUUACCAAGAGCAUUUCUACUUGGAGACCCAUGGGUGUUUGGUAGUGCCCAAAGAGGUGGAUGAUCUCGAAAUUUACACUUCAUCUCAGCAUCACGCUGAAAUCACUGAUUUAGUGUCGAGAAUUCUCAACAUACCGCAAAACAGAAUCGUGACUAAGAUCAAAAGGAUUGGAGGAGGAUUCGGUGGAAAACAAAGCAGAGGUGUUCCGAUAGCCGUGACCGCGGCAAUCGCCGCCAACAAAUUCCGAAGACCCAUCAGAAUCAUGUUGGACAGGGACGAGGAUAUGGCUUCAACGGGAGGAAGGCAUCCUUUCUUCACAAAAUAUAAAGUAGCUUUCAAUGAUUAUGGAAAGAUUUUGGCUAUUGAUGCGGAACUGUACGCCAAUGCCGGAUGCAGUUUGGAUCUGUCUUUGGAAGUUAUGGAAAGAGCCGUUUUACACAUCGAGAAUGCUUACAAAAUUGAGAAUUUACGAGUGAUCGGAAAGAUUUGCAGGACGAAUCUACCUAGUAACACAGCCUUCCGAGGUUUCGGAGCUCCUCAAGCAAUGUUGGCAGCCGAGACUAUGAUCAGAAACAUUUCCGAGUUUGUAGGGAAGGAUCCUGUAGAUAUUGCGAUGAAGAAUUUGUACAGGGAAGGCGAUAAAACGCAUUACAACCAAGAUAUGAUCAAUUGCAACUUGACUAGGUGCUUGGAGCAAUGUGUGGAUUCUUCGAAUUAUCACGAGAGGAAAUUGAGUGUUCAGAAAUUCAACAAGGAGAACAGAUGGAAGAAGAGAGGUAUAAGCGUUGUGUGCACCAAGUAUGGUGUUGGUUUCGGUGUUCCAUUUCUGGAGCAAGCCGGGGCUUUGGUAAAUGUGUACACGGAUGGUUCGGUUCUUCUGACGCACAGCGGAGUGGAAAUGGGUCAAGGGUUGAACACGAAGAUGAUCCAAGUCGCCAGCAGAGUCCUGAAAAUUCCUGCCGAUAUGAUUUACAUCAGCGAAGUCUCAACUGAUAAAGUACCAAAUAGUAGUCCUUCGGCUGCAAGCGUCGGAUCUGAUCUUAAUGGUGUUGCUGUCAAGAAAGCCUGCGAGGAGAUCAGAAUGCGUUUAAAACCGAUCAUAAAUAAAAAUCCGAAAGGUGAAUGGAAGGAAUGGAUCAAAGACGCGUACUUCAAUAGGAUCAGCCUUUCAGCGACAGGAUAUCACUAUACUCCUGAGAUCACCUACGAUUGGGACACGAACACUGGGACGCCCUACAACUAUUUCACCUACGGCGUUGCUUGCACCGAAGUCGAGGUUGAUUGCUUGACAGGUGACCAUCAAUUGCUGAGAACCGAUAUCGUCAUGGAUCUGGGCGCAAGCUUAAAUCCAGCGAUAGAUAUCGGUCAAAUCGAAGGGGCGUUCAUGCAGGGUUACGGCUUGUUUACUCUCGAAGAAAUGGUUUAUUCACCAUCUGGAACCGUUCUGAGCAAAGGGCCUGGCUCAUAUAAGAUCCCCGGAUUCGGUGAUAUUCCCAUAGAGUUUAAUGUGUCCCUGUUGGAAGGUGUCGGCAACCCUAAGGCCGUGUACUCUUCGAAAGCAGUCGGAGAACCACCCCUUUUCCUAGCAAGCUCCGCCUUGUUCGCCAUCCGCGAAGCAAUGAAAAGCGCCCGUCUGGGCCAAUACAUGCCACCUUAUUUCAGAUUACACGCCCCAGCGACUGCAGAGAAAAUCCGCAUGCUCUGCGAUGAUCAUAUAACUGAAAGGAUAAAGAAAUGCGAAAACACAUGGAACGUGAUCCCGUGAAUACAAUAUUGCUACUUUUAUUAAACUAUUUAUGUACAAAUAAAUAC